UGACACCUGAAACUUUAAAGAGGCGCAUGCACAGAGGCAACGCCUCCUUAGGAUAGGCUUAGAUUUCUCUGUGAAGCUGUAUUCACCGCCAACUUGCAAUGGGGACUGUAAUAAAAAUGUGCUUUUGUUUGUGUUACUCUGCUUGCCUCAUUUUACCUUAUGUAUGUGGCUAUCUUUAUAGAACAAAACAAAAUUCCUCGGUAGGCCUUGAUAAUGUGCCACCGAAUUUUGAAGACCCUCAUCAUGGCAGCAUACUGCUGUCUUCUUUGCUAAAAGCACUCUCUGACAAAGGCGGCUGGGAAGACCCUACCCCGCGGUUCAGACCCGAUUCAAAGUAUCUCCGGUACAUGAAAAGAUUGUACAGAAUGUCUGCCACUAAUGAAGGAGUGCCAAAGCUGAAUAAAAGUCACCUGUAUAACACAGUAAGAUUGUUUACCCCGCAAGCCGAGUGCCUCCAGCAGAUCAAAGGGGUUUUCACACAAGAUCUGUCUUACAGCUUGGAUCGCGUGACUGCCCAGGAGCACCUGCUGAAGUCUGUUCUCCUCUACUCGUUUGAGAGAGCACCCAUGGCUCCUGUUGUGUCUGUCUGUCAUGUGCAUCUCAGUGAGCAAGCGGCUCCUGAUGAGCAAGUCCGCUCGAGCGCUCAGGACUCCUUCCGCUUCCACAUCCGAAUGGAGAGGAGGACCAGGUGCAAAUGGGUAGAGGUUGAUGUCACAUCUUUUCUAAAGCCUCUACUGGGCUCUUAUAGAAAGAAUAUCCACAUCCUUGUCAAUUUCACCUGUGUGGAAGACAGAAGACAACAGAGCAGUCCCCAGGAGCAAGAUCAUCAGCUGAACCGGACCCUCAAGGCUCCUUCCCUUGUCCUGUACCUGAAUGAUACCAGUGAACAAGCCUAUCGGAGGUGGACACCACAGGUAAAGAUGCUGAACUCGGGAAAUCCAAGACCAGCAUCGGAUCCUGGUCAUUUGCAAAGUCCAGUGAAGGUGAUGGUGGAGAAAAGAUCCUUGCGAAACAGAAGAAAUAUAGCUGACAAAGAGCUAGAUAAACAAAAAUCAACGCCUGAGACUUUUAGUCUGGACGAACACUAUAAACAUUUUGAGUUCCCCACAGAUGAAUGUGAGCUCCAUGAUUUCAGGGUGAGUUUCAGUCAGCUUAGGUGGGACCACUGGAUAAUUGCACCCCCCAACUACAACCCUCGCUAUUGCAAAGGGGUUUGCCCAAGGGCUAUUGGUUAUCGAUAUGGGUCUCCAGUUCACACCAUGGUUCAGAAUAUCAUCUACGAAAAGCUGGACUCCCCUGUGCCAAGGCCGUCGUGUGUCCCAUCCCAAUAUGACCCCCUAAGUGUUUUGACAAUCGAAAACGAUGGUUCCAUUGUGUACAAGGAAUAUGAAGACAUGAUAGCUACUAAAUGUACCUGUCGCUGAACCAAUGAGCAGAACGACAAAGAUGGAAAAUGUGUACUAGUGGAUGUGCCAUUUUUCGAUCGCAUUAUGAAGAACUCUGAAGGACUUUUCGCAGGACUACCCAAGUAGUUUUACUGUAUCUUGCAUUAAGGUUCAAAUGUAUGAUGGGACAUCAAGAUUUGUAAUUGGUAACAUCUAGAACCAAAAUAUAAAGCCAUUAUCACUGUUGAUAAUUACAAAAGCAAAAAAAAAAAAUGCUUUAUUUUUUUCUUUAAGUCUAUGCCUUUCCCAUUAACUAAAUGUAGUUAACAUGUGAAAGGCUAAAUUUAUGUGUUUUUUUUUGUUUGUUUUAGUUUUUGUGCGUUCAUUUAAUUUGUUUCCUUUUGAUAGGCUGGGGUUGACACAUUUUUAAGCAGGAGAAUGUUCUGGACACCAAAGUGAGAUUUUAGUCCUCUUAACUAUUACAAGAUAUUUUACUGUGGUUUUAUAUCUGAGGAUAUAAACAGUUGUCUCGUGGACAACUGUUUUCUAUUCAUUAUGUCCAGACAGAAAGUUGUCCUAAAAUAUGGAUGACAAGAUUUGUCAAUCUGCAUUUAAUAGUCUCAGCUAUGAAAUUACUGUAAAUACGGUAAGUAUUUAAUUGUAACGUGAAUAAUAUAUGUAUAAUGUAUGGUUUGUAACAACUGAUUUUGGCUGAUUUGUUUUGGAUUUUGAAAAUGUUUCAAAGAUGGUUAUAUUCUGAUCAAAAAAAUAUAUAUAUAUUGUAAGCAGUUUUGCCUGUGUGUGUA